AUGGUACUGGAUCACCAAGUUGAGGUAUGCAGCAUUCACCCCAAUGCUGUUGUUGUGAUCUCUGCAGAUAAUUUGUGUGCUCCUCCCACUACAACUGUUCAUACUACAACGUCGAUACCUUCAGAGCCACCAUGGAAGGGGACCAUAGUUGUGGUAACAAAGACGCAUCAUAGAUGGUAUGUGAAGAAGGGACAUGUGACUGAUGUCAUAUGCAUAUCAGAUUCAGUGACAGGCAGGCCAGUCUUACAAGUGCUUGUACAGCUCAAGCACUACAAUCCGAAUACCCCCUUCCAUUCUUUAUGGUUCUCUUACUUCGAUAUUGUCAAGGAGACAUCGUACCUACCUCUCAAUGAAGCACGACUGUUGCAAAUGAAGGGCAGACAACCUCCUUCCAGGCACCCAUUCUUCCACAAUGAGCAGAAUCUGGGAAUGCUACUCCUCUACCAGAUCCCUCUGAAUGAUACAUAUCUCCAGCAUGGAAUCCCUCCUCUCCAGACCCACCAUCAUACUGGUGCCUUGACCCUUGCCUCAUCGGUGCCAGAUCUUGAUUGGACUGUUGCUGUUGUUGUUCUCAGAGCUCCCUACCUCCCAGAUGAUGUGACUGACGAAAAGCUGAUCUUGCACAAUUCGAAGAUGACUAUUGUUGAAGAGACCAAAGAAUCCAAGGCAUUGAACUUUAAUUUGAAGAAGCAACUAUGA